UGACUUAGAGAACGCAUUUUCGCUUUUACCUUUUGUUUUUUCAUCUUAAUUUUUCAGAAAAAUUGAAAGACAAUGGAGGCUCUCCGCCUCACGCCGCCUCAGCCACUCCUACUCCGCCACAAACAGAGUGUCCCACAAACAUCCUUUCUUGGCCCCUAUAUUUCAAAGAAAGGUAAUCCCAACCUGCCUUGGAUCAGAGCCGCCGUGUCAAAACCGACGGCUGAGAUCUCUUAUCCGACCGUUACUUCUGGCGAGAACGCUGUCCUUUCGUCGUCCACGUCGAGCAUUGCAGCCGCUCCUUCCGCGCCGAGAAAGAAGGUGCCUAGUAAUUCCCUGCAGUAUCCGUCAGGGUACUUAGGUGCUUCACCUGAACGUUCGAUGGAUGAAGGAAAUGGGGACGUAAUAAAUGCGAUGGAGUAUUUAACAAAUAUAUUGUCGUCCAAGGUUUACGAUGUGGCGAUCGAGUCACCGUUACAGUUGGCGACUAAGCUGUCCGAACGAUUGGGCAAUCAAGUUUGGCUCAAGAGAGAAGACUUGCAGCCUGUUUUCUCUUUUAAGCUUCGUGGAGCUUAUAAUAUGAUGGCAAAGCUUCCCAAGGAACAAUUAGAAAGAGGGGUUAUUUGUUCAUCAGCAGGAAAUCAUGCCCAAGGGGUUGCAUUUUCUGCCAAGAGACUCGGAUGUCAUGCUGUUAUUGCUAUGCCUGUUACUACUCCAGAAAUUAAGUGGCAAUCUGUUGAGAGGUUGGGUGCAACCGUUGUUCUUAUUGGAGAUUCUUAUGAUGAGGCACAAGCAUAUGCUAAGAAAAGGGCUAAAGAGGAAGGUCUCACGUUUGUACCGCCAUUUGAUCAUCCAGACGUUAUUAUUGGACAAGGCACUGUUGGGAUGGAGAUUGUGCGCCAAACACUAGGCCCAUUGCAUGCAAUCUUUGUACCUGUUGGUGGUGGUGGGCUUAUAGCAGGUAUUUCUGCUUAUGUAAAGAGGGUUUCCCCAGAGGUGAAAAUUAUCGGAGUGGAGCCUUUUGAUGCAAAUGCAAUGGCAUUGUCACUGCAUCAUGGUGAAAGAGUGAUGCUGGACAAGGUUGGAGGCUUUGCAGAUGGAGUAGCUGUUAAGGAGGUUGGUGAAGAAACCUUCCGCAUAUGUAGGGAAUUGGUGGAUGGUGUUGUUCUUGUAAGCCGUGAUGCUAUUUGUGCCUCUAUUAAGGAUUUACAACUUGCACUGUUUGUGUUGCAGGAUAUGUUUGAAGAGAAGAGGAGCAUUCUUGAACCGGCAGGUGCCCUAGCUCUUGCAGGAGCCGAAGCAUAUUGCAAAUACUACGGCAUUAAGGGGAAGAGUGUUGUAGCAAUAACUAGUGGUGCAAACAUGAAUUUUGAUAAGCUUAGAGUGGUUACUGAACUGGCUAAUGUGGGUAGACAACAGGAGGCAGUGCUUGCAACUGUUUUGCCGGAGGAGCCUGGAAGCUUCAAACAAUUUUGUGAACUGGUGGGGCCUAUGAAUAUCACUGAGUUCAAGUAUAGAUGUAGUUCUGAUAAAGGAGCCGUAGUUUUGUACAGUGUUGGUGUUCACACGGUUUCUGAACUUGAAGCAAUGAAGCAGAGGAUGGAAUCUUCUCAGCUUAGAACUUUCAAUCUUACAGCAAGUGAUUUGGUUAAAGACCACUUGCGGUAUUUGAUGGGAGGCAGAUCAAAUGUUGAAAAUGAGGUUCUAUGCCAGUUUGUUUUCCCGGAGAGGCCUGGUGCUUUGAUGAAGUUCUUAGACACUUUUAGUCCACGCUGGAAUAUUAGUUUGUUCCAUUAUCGUGGUCAGGGUGAAACAGGAGCAAAUGUUCUAGUCGGGAUUCAAGUCUCAAAGAGUGAGGAGGAGGAGUUUGUCCGCCGUGCUGAUAGCCUCGGAUAUGACUACGUAGUGGUAAACAAUGACGAGAAUUUUCAACUUUUGAUGCAUUGAUCAGAUUUGGUUCCAACAGUAGUCACGUUCCUAAUGCACAUGUUAAAGCAUCAUUCGCGGAGGGGCUUCCAAUCCUCUUAAACUGCUACUGGAAUAGCAGGUGAUGGCCACAUUCCUGAAAUCAUUUUUGUAAUUUAUGGGAGUUUUUGCAAUAAGAGUGGUUAGGGUUUUGGUUACAGUUGGCCAUAUUAGAUGACUAGUUUCUCUUGCCAUGUACGCUUUAC